AUGGUUGAGUAUCGUAUUCAAGAUGUACCUGAAUCGAAAUUUAAAGAUGCAUUGAAAUUAAUGCUUGAAUUUUAUAACACACAAGAACCGAUGAAUGAAGUGCUCGAUAAACUCUGGUGGGAAUCCGUAUUAAAAUUGAAUUUAUCAGUGGGUUGUCUUAAGAUUCGACCCGAUGGAUCAGAAGAAUUGGUUGGCGUUAAUCUAUUGUAUGUGCAGACACCGAAUAAUGAAUGUCCCGAUGAAACUGAACCAGAUCUGGCCGUUGUAUUUUAUUUUGAUGUCUUCAGUACAUAUAACGUCGAUUAUUAUUUGACGAGUGAUGGGAUUAUAGUUCAUCCUGAUUAUCGUGGCCGUAAAAUCGGUGAAAAAAUGCUGAGAGCGAGGGAGGCAAUUUGCAGAAAACAUAGCAUAGAAGUGACAUCAUCCGUUUUUUCAUCGAUCAGCUCAAAUAUAAUUGCCGAAAGGGCUGGAUUCAAGCAUGUCGACAGAUCCGUUAGCUGGGAUGACUUUCGCAGGAAUAAUCCUGAAUCAGUGUUUGCUGACAUAAAAGAUUCAUGCAUAACUUGUCGGUUACUAAAGUUUAAGAUACCACAUAAUGACAUCAAAAGUUUGUCAGAUAUUCGAAGAAUGUAUUUUUCUGAAUAGAGCACAAAGUAUUGUUUACAGCAAUUCGUGUCAAAUGUAAUUUAUGAAAAA